GAUAAGUGUCAUUUUUUUUUUACUCCACUAGAGGGUAGUCUCUCAAAACUGGGGUUGGAGUCAUGACUCUAGCCUGCUUUUGACCUGUUGAUAUAUUAAUCCUCAUGUUCCAUUCUCCUCAACAAGAUGUUUCUCUAGUAUACUAAUUAAGGUUGUAAAACAUUCAUUUUUAAAACUGCUUUUUGAUUUUUCAUAGAUGUUCUCUUAGAAAUAUGUACUGCUAUGUGUUUGUGUGUUUUCCAAAUUUCUGGUAAUUAAAAAUGUUUUACAUAUACGGCUUAUAUAGUAUAUUUUCCUGGGAAAUAUCCUUUCAGAGUUAAUAGGCCUAAGAAUAAAGAUAGUUUUUUAUAUACUUUAACUUAUUACAAUCGAAAUAUUUCCCCAUAGUGGUAAAAAAUACAUCCUAAAUACACACACACACUCACAGAUACACAAACCCACCUACACAUGUACCCAUUCAUAUGUAGCUCCUAGAUUUAUUACAUCAUGUAAGGAGAAGUCAGUGAGAAUAAUUAGAAAUACAUAUUUUGAAAAAGUACCCCCUCAAAUGCCAAUGUUGUGAAUUGCAGAGAGGCAAAUAUAUGCUUUAUUUUAAAAAUCUGGUCAAUCCAGACAAGAAAUGUCAUUGCUAAAAAAAAAAAAGUGUUAUUGAACACCAAGCACAUAUGCUAACGUACGUAGGAUCUAUAGAGAACCAAAUGCCACUCAAAACAGUUGCAAGCUUCUCUUCUUAAAUAAUGCUGUCAUUGCUGAACUUCAGAGAUGGAGUUGGAGGUUUCAGUCUCUACCAGGUGUUGUUAAUAUUUGGGAAAUCUUUAUCAGUAGUGUAUCCUGUCUAUUUGCAGACUGAACACAUAUUUCUCUGAAUGACUGAUAACCUAAAAUUGAGAAAACUUGUCAAAAAUUCCCAACAUUCCCCCAGAAAGGAAAAAAAAAAAAAAAAGAAGGAAAAUGAUACCUAGGAAAAUAUGCAAGCCUGUUUCAUUUAUUUGUAUCCUAAGCAGCAGUGUCAUAGAACAGACAGUUUGUUUCAGCCAACCAGACUGGAGGAGCUGCGAGUGCUACAUCUUGGCUGUCUGAAGCGAUUGGCUCCUCUCUGGGGAGUGGAGGGUGUUCAGUUAUUAAUGACCGCUGAGCAGGCAGCACCAUGUCAGUGUGACAACUGAUCGGGUGAACGAUGCACCACUAACCACCAUGGAAACAAGGAAAAAUAAAGCCAGUUCACAGGAUCUCUCUUCACUGGAUUGAGAGCCUCAGCCUGCCGACUGAGAAAAAGAGUUCCAGGAAAAAGAAGGAAUCCUGGCUGCAGCCUCCUGCUUUCCUUUAUAUUUUAAAAUACAGAGAUAAGAUUGCGUGCAUGUGUGCAUAUCUAUAGUACAUAUUUGUGUACACUUUGUUACACAGACACACAAAUGCACCUAUUUAUACCGGGCAAGAACACAACCAUGUGAUUAUCUCAACCAAGGAACUGAGGAAUCCAGCACGCAGGGACAUCGGAGGUGGGCUAGCACUGAAACUGCUUUUCAAGACGAGGAAGAGGAGAAAGAGAAAGAAGAGGAAGAUGUUGGGCAACAUUUAUUUAACAUACUCCACAGCCUGGACCCUGGCAUCAUCCUGCUAUUCCUGCAAAUACUGAACAAGCAUGGGAUUUGAAUAUUAUACUUCUAAAUAAAUGAAUUACUCAAUCUCCUAUGACCAUCUAUACAUACUCCACCUUCAAAAAGUACAUCAAUAUUAUAUCAUUAAGGAAAUAGUAACCUUCUCUUCUCCAAUAUGCAUGACAUUUUUGGACAAUGCAAUUGUGGCACUAGCACUUAUUUCAGUGAAGAAAAACUUUGUGGUUCUAUGGCAUUCAUCAUCUGACAAAUGCAAGCAUCUUCCUUAUCAAUCAGCUCCUAUUGAACUUAAUAGCACUGACUGUGGAAUCCUUAAGGGCCCAUUACAUUUCUGAAGAAGAAAGCUAAGAUGAAGGACAUGCCACUCCAAAUUCAUGUGCUACUUGGCCUAGCUAUCACUACACUAGUACAAGCUGUAGAUAAAAAAGUGGAUUGUCCACAGUUAUGUACGUGUGAAAUCAGGCCUUGGUUUACACCCACAUCCAUUUAUAUGGAAGCAUCUACAGUGGAUUGUAAUGAUUUAGGUCUUUUAACUUUCCCAGCCAGAUUGCCUGCUAACACACAGAUUCUGCUCCUACAGACUAACAAUAUUGCAAAAAUUGAAUACUCCACAGACUUUCCAGUAAACCUUACUGGCCUGGAUUUAUCUCAAAACAAUUUAUCUUCAGUCACCAAUAUUAAUGUAAAAAAGAUGCCUCAGCUCCUUUCUGUGUACCUAGAGGAAAACAAACUUACUGAACUGCCUGAAAAAUGUCUGUCCAAACUGAGCAACUUACAAGAACUCUAUAUUAAUCACAACUUGCUUUCUACAAUUUCACCUGGAGCCUUUAUUGGCCUACAUAAUCUUCUUCGACUUCAUCUCAACUCAAAUAGAUUGCAGAUGAUCAACAGUAAGUGGUUUGAUGCUCUUCCAAAUCUAGAGAUUCUGAUGAUUGGGGAAAAUCCAAUUAUCAGAAUCAAAGACAUGAACUUUAAGCCUCUUAUCAAUCUUCGCAGCCUCGUUAUAGCUGGUAUAAACCUCACAGAAAUACCAGAUAAUGCCUUGGUUGGACUUGAAAACUUAGAAAGCAUCUCUUUUUAUGACAACAGGCUUAUUAAAGUACCCCAUGCUGCUCUUCAAAAAGUUGUAAAUCUCAAAUUUUUGGAUCUAAAUAAAAAUCCUAUUAAUAGAAUACGAAGGGGUGAUUUUAGCAAUAUGCUACACUUAAAAGAGUUGGGGAUAAAUAAUAUGCCUGAGCUGAUUUCCAUUGAUAGUCUUGCUGUGGAUAACCUGCCAGAUUUAAGAAAAAUAGAAGCUACUAACAACCCUAGAUUGUCUUACAUUCACCCCAAUGCAUUUUUCAGACUCCCCAAGCUGGAAUCACUCAUGCUGAACAGCAAUGCUCUCAGUGCCCUGUACCAUGGUACCAUUGAGUCUCUGCCAAACCUCAAGGAAAUCAGCAUACACAGUAACCCCAUCAGGUGUGACUGUGUCAUCCGUUGGAUUAAUAUGAACAAAACCAACAUUCGAUUUAUGGAGCCAGAUUCACUGUUUUGCGUGGACCCACCUGAAUUCCAAGGUCAGAAUGUUCGGCAAGUGCAUUUCAGGGACAUGAUGGAAAUUUGUCUCCCUCUCAUAGCUCCUGAGAGCUUUCCUUCUAAUCUAAAUGUAGAAGCUGGGAGCUAUGUUUCCUUUCACUGUAGAGCUACUGCAGAACCACAGCCUGAAAUCUACUGGAUAACACCUUCUGGUCAAAAACUCUUGCCUAAUACCCUGACAGACAAGUUCUACGUCCAUUCUGAAGGAACACUAGAUAUAAAUGGCGUAACUCCCAAAGAAGGGGGUUUAUAUACUUGUAUAGCAACUAACCUAGUUGGCGCUGACUUGAAGUCUGUUAUGAUCAAAGUGGAUGGAUCUUUUCCACAGGAUAACAAUGGCUCUUUGAAUAUUAAAAUAAGAGAUAUUCAGGCCAAUUCAGUUUUGGUGUCCUGGAAAGCAAGUUCUAAAAUUCUCAAAUCUAGUGUUAAAUGGACAGCCUUUGUCAAGACUGAAAAUUCUCAUGCUGCGCAAAGUGCUCGAAUACCAUCUGAUAUCAAGGUAUAUAAUCUUACCCAUCUGAAUCCAUCAACUGAGUAUAAAAUUUGUAUUGAUAUUCCCACCAUUUAUCAGAAAAACAGAAAAAAAUGUGUAAAUGUCACCACGAAAGGUUUGGACCCUGAUCAAAAAGAGUAUGAAAAGAGUAAUACCACAACACUUAUGGCCUGUCUUGGAGGCCUUCUGGGGAUUAUUGGUGUGAUAUGUCUUAUCAGCUGCCUCUCUCCAGAAAUGAACUGUGAUGGUGGACACAGCUAUGUGAGGAAUUACUUACAGAAACCAACCUUUGCAUUAGGUGAGCUUUAUCCUCCUCUGAUAAAUCUCUGGGAAGCAGGAAAAGAAAAAAGUACAUCACUGAAAGUAAAAGCAACUGUUAUAGGUUUACCAACAAAUAUGUCCUAAAAACCACCAACUAAACCUACUCCAAAAAUGAACAAAAAAAAGCGAAAGACUGCAGUUGUGCUAAAAACAAAACAAAACAAACAAAAAAAAAAGUAAAGAAAGAUUACUUUCGAGGGAGAAGUUUAAGCUUCACCAAUGCUGCUCCUGACCAAUGGAAAUAUGUACAACUUCAGCAUUUUAAGUAACUGGCUUCAAGGGGUACUGUGGCAACCAAAUAAAAUAACUCCAUUUUCUAAAACUUUCACGUAACUUUUAUGUCUGGACUACAGUUAAAGUGGACAAAAACAUUUCUGUAUUUUUUUUAAGUAUAUAAGACUAGUUGAACUGAGCAAUACCUCCUCCUGUGUUGUAUUACACAUAUUAGCCACGAGUUUUUGCAGUGACCAGAUAAACUUGAAUUGACACGUGGUGUAAUAAAACGGACAAAUUCUGUAGAGUAGACACAGUGAGUAUGUGGACCUCUUUUAUAAGAAAAAAUACAUUUUGGAUUAAAAUCAA